AUGAAUGUAUAUGCCAACAAAAGCGUACUUAUUGAUAACUGGUACGAAGAUAAAUAUGGCACAAUCCCGUCAAAAAAUGAAAGUAAUUGGAAUUCAACUUAUCAAAGAGAUUAUCACGAACGUGUUUUGCCUACCCGAGAUAACAGUGUUAUGCGGAAUAUAAGAGAAAGAUCACUGGGAAUGCCAAUUAAUUUAUUCCGUGAACAUGGUGUCCACAAUGCUUACAAUAAAAACAUGAGUUCCCUGUACGAUUUAAAUUGCAUGGCUGCUUACAAUCCACCAUUGUACAGACGUUACAAUUCAAGAUCUGGACUUUGGAAACCUGAACAAAAUUUCACAGCCAAUUAUGGACCAGGACGAAAUGAAUUAUUGAAAAAAAAGCAGACAACUUGGAACAGUGUUAUAAAUGAAUUCAUACCUAGUACAGAAUAUCAGUGUAGUUAUACAACAAGAUAG